CGCUGACUUCUCUGGGUUUUUUUCAUCAUAAAAUAGUCUCUCUCUGGAGCUACGAGCUAUAGCAAUACGACACUAUUGCAUUCGGGCUUUCGGGGUCGGGCUGUCUGCUGUGCAAAUGUUUUGGUUGUUAAUUCUGCAGUUUUCUUUGAGCUAGAAAAAUCUCAAUCGACAACAUAAAAUGGUAAUAAUGAUGGCUUAGAUUGCCGUUUGGUCGUGUCGACGCGGUAAUUUUGAAGGAAAUUAUGAGUUUAGUACGAAACAACGGUGCAGACAUGGUUUCAGGUCAAGAGGGUGUGUGUCAAGGAGAGGAGACAGAGCCUGUUGUGAUAACUCCAGAUGAUGUCUUAAAGAUGACCAGGAUAUCUGAUGGUUUUUUAUGUUCACCUGAGGCUAACAUUUAUGACAUUGAUUUCACACGAUUCAAAAUAAGAGACCUUGAGACUGGCACAGUUCUCUUUGAAAUAGCAAAACCUCAAUCUGGAGUUAUCUUCAUUAUUCCAGACAGUGUGGAAACUCCUACUGAUGAGGAAGAACCAGCAGAUCCUAAUGCUGGAAGGUUCAUCCGCUACGAAUUCACUCCAAACUUCCUCAAGUUAAAGGCUGUUGGAUCAACUGUUGAGUUUCGUGUUGGUGCACAGCCUGUCAACAAAUUUCGAAUGAUAGAGAGACAUUUCUUUCGGGACAAAUUGUUGAAGACGUUUGAUUUUGAAUUUGGAUUCUGCAUCCCAUUCAGCAGUAACACAUGUGAACACAUUUAUGAGUUUCCUCCCCUUGCUCCUGAUUUGAUUGAAGAAAUGAUAAAUCAUCCAUUUGAAACACGUUCUGACUCCUUCUACUUUGUGGACAACCAUCUAAUCAUGCACAACAAGGCUGAUUAUGCUUACAAUGGUGGAUUGGGCUCUUCAGUGUCUUCUUCAGCUGGUGAUGGGCAAGAGGUAGACAAAUAAUUUUCAUCUAGAUGUAUAAAGUGUCCUGUUGAGGUGACAAUCAUUGAGGAUUCUUUUAUUUUCAUUCUGAGACUCAUCAAAUAACUGAGCCAUUCGCUGUUUGCAUGUUUUGAAGUCUGUACGCAUUUGCUUUCAUUUAGUCUGAUUGUUGCAGAUGUUUUAAAGUGGCUCUUAUUUUUUAAUUUUUUAAUUUAUUUAAUAUUGUAUGUGUUCUUAAAAAGUGUGCAACAAAAAAUUAACGCACUUGUUAUGACAUUCUUAUUUUAUUGUUUAGAAUAGUUUAAGAGCUUUUUACUACCUUGUUGAUCUCAAACUUUUACAGAUAUCUUUUUCUAUUGUUUUGUGUGGUGUGUGUGUGUGUGUUUUUUUUGUUGUUUUUUUUUAAUACACUUUUGCUUAAAGGUGAAUAAAUUCCCUCUGUGAUCAUAUUAUUACUGAAUUAUGUGUUAAUUAUUGUGUUGCAUUCCUUUGUGUUGAACAAGCUUCAUUUUGAAGAAGCAUAAAGGUGUAAGAGUAAUUGUAACAAAGAAAUGUUUUGUAAAAUAUCCUCUGAAGUCCAUGUCUUCUUUCAAUGUCACUCACUCCUAGGAGCAGAAUGAUGCCAGAAUGGAUCCUAAAUGUGAAUGUUUGGAAGAAUAUACUUGUUACAAACCAGUUUACCAGACCAUACAAAGUGUUGAGUCUAAAAAAAACUUUGUAUUGUAGAAAUUUUUAAGCUUUUACCUAAGUCUAAUGAGCACUUGAGUGCAAUCAUUGUUGUUCAGGCUUUUCACCAUUUGUAGUUGUGCCACCUUGUUACACAAGCAGGUUCCACAGCAUCUAAAUAAUUUUGACUGAUUCUUCAUACCUCUUUUCCAUGACAGAAAGAACUACACUUUGUUGUCAACCAUGUGACUAUUCUGUCUCAGGCCCUUCAGAAUUACCAUCUAUGUGCCUUAUUCAAAACUACAAGGAAUAGGAUUUUAUUCCUUUUUGUUGAAUUUCCCUUGUCACCAGUCAAACUGUGUGUUGUAGUGUUAAUAUAUUGAAGAUCAACUUUUCUACUUUCUUAUGGGGACCAGUGUUCCAGAAAUAUUCAUUCUCAGGUGAGAAAAGGAUAUGAUGGUUAAAACAGAACAACCAACAACUUUGCGUUUAGAGUCAAAUUUGCAGUUCAACUGCUUAAUUUAAUUAUUACAAAUUUCAUAAUUACUAUCCUAAUGAUCAUUGUUUUCAAAUUACUUUUGUGCAACUCUUGCUUUGCAUUACAAACACUUAUUAUGGCCAUUAUCAUUCAUCAUGUCUGUUUGCUGCAAUUUUCUUUCUCCGACCUGCGUGUUCUAUUAGUGUAUCUUGCUCAUUUAUUUUUUUAGUUUAAGUAAACCCUUAGUUGAAAAAAAUUUGUCAGUUUAUCUGUGAUCAUAAACAUUAUAAUUUUUCCUUCAUUUUUCACUGUUUUAUGUGCGUGAUAUUUGCACUUACUUUUAAGGUUCCUACUUUAUGUGUGACUGCUUUAAACUCCUUUCUUACUGCUUCAUUCUUGAUUACUGAAGUGCUUAGUUUAUGUGAAGUGGGUGGUGUCAACUGAAAAAUGUAUUCAUUAAAAUUCCAAGAAGUAAUUGGUUCACAAAUAAUGAGAUGUUAAAUAGUUUGUUACUUCCGCAGCUGUGAGGUAUUUCAAUUUCGUUCACAUACAGUGUCUUGUCUAAUGUGCAAUAAAUUAAUUGCGGGUAAA